GUGGUGGAGGAGGUGGAGGAGGUGGAGGCAGCGCCGCAGCUUCCUGUGGAGCUUCAGGAACUCCCUGUUCGACUGACUUCUCCCCCGCCCAUGAGAACAACAUCGACCGAGGAAAACGCGCUCGUGUCCGGCCGACGACGACUCUGAAGGCAGACGGGAACCCGGCUCGUCCUGGGUGGACUUGCACAUCUAUUUCCAGCAGCCCCCAGUACAACAUCUGUGAGCAGAUGAUUCAGAUCAGGGAGGAUCACAUGCGCUUCAUCUCUGAGCUUGCUCGCUAUAGCAACAGUGAGGUGGUGACUGGAUCGGGGCGUCAGGAGGCCCAGAAGACCGAUUCAGAGUACAGGAAGCUGUUUGACUUGGCCCUGCAGGGCAUGCAGCUGCUCUCCCAGUGGAGUGCUCACGUUAUGGAAGUGUACUCAUGGAAACUGGUUCACCCGACAGACAAAUACUCGAACAAAGAGUGCCCUGACAAUGCUGAGGAAUAUGAAAGGGCCACUCGGUACAAUUACACAAGUGAGGAGAAGUUUGCCCUCGUGGAGGUGAUCGCUAUGAUAAAAGGACUGCAGGUGCUGAUGGGACGCAUGGAGAGCGUGUUUAACCACGCCAUACGCCACACCAUCUACUCAGCUCUGCAGGACUUUUCCCAGGUGACUCUGCGCGACCCGCUGCGGCAGGCGAUCAAGAAGAAGAAGAACGUCAUCCAGAGCGUUCUUCAAGCCAUCCGGAAAACGGUCUGUGACUGGGAGUCUGGCCGGGAGCCCCACAACGACCCCGCCCUACGCGGAGAAAAAGAUCCAAAAGGAGGAUUUGACAUUAAGGUCCCUCGUCGAGCUGUGGGGCCCUCCAGCACUCAGCUCUACAUGGUGAGGACCAUGCUGGAGUCGCUUAUUGCUGACAAAAGUGGCUCAAAGAAGACGCUGCGCAGCGGACUCGAGGGUCCCACCAUUCUAGACAUUGAAAAGUUUCACAAGGAGUCCUUCUUCUACACACACCUGCUGAACUUCAGCGAGACUCUGCAGCAAUGUUGUGACCUCUCCCAGCUCUGGUUCAGAGAGUUCUUUCUGGAGCUCACUAUGGGCCGCAGGAUCCAAUUCCCCAUUGAGAUGUCCAUGCCUUGGAUCCUCACUGACCACAUUCUGGAGACCAAGGAAGCGUCCAUGAUGGAAUAUGUGUUGUAUCCACUGGAUUUAUACAAUGAUAGUGCACACUACGCUCUUACCAAAUUCAAGAAGCAGUUCCUCUAUGAUGAAAUUGAAGCUGAGGUCAACUUGUGUUUUGAUCAGUUUGUCUACAAGCUAGCUGAUCAGAUUUUUGCUCACUACAAGAUACUAGCUGGAAGACCUUGAACCUGGCAUACACCAGCAUAUUUAGCUUCUACAGGAACUUUCUGGGCCCCCCACACAUUAAAGCCAUGUGCAGACUGCUGGGUUACCAGGGCAUCGCUGUGGUGAUGGAGGAGCUGCUGAAAGUCGUCAAGAGCUUGCUUCAAGGAACCAUAUUGCAGUACGUGAAGACUCUGAUGGAGGUGAUGCCCAAGAUUUGCAGACUUCCACGCCAUGAGUAUGGCUCUCCUGGUAUACUGGAAUUCUUCCACCACCAGCUGAAGGAUAUCGUUGAGUACGCUGAGCUCAAGACGGUGUGUUUCCAGAACCUGAGGGAGGUGGGAAACGCCAUCUUGUUCUGUCUGCUGAGUGAGCAGAGUCUGUCGCAGGAGGAAGUUUGUGAUUUGCUGCACGCUGCACCCUUCCAGAACAUUCUUCCCAGAGUUCAUGUCAAAGAAGGGGAACGUCUGGAUGCCAAGAUGAAGCGCUUGGAAGCCAAAUACACAACGUUACACAUGGUCCCACUCAUAGAGCGCCUUGGAACUCCACAGCAAAUAGCCAUUGCCCGUGAAGGUGACCUGCUGACCAAGGAGAGGCUGUGCUGCGGCUUGUCCAUGUUUGAGGUCAUUCUCGCUCGUGUGCGAGGCUUCUUGGAUGACCCCAUCUGGCGUGGGCCAUUGCCCAGUAAUGGUGUGAUGCACGUGGACGAAUGCGUGGAGUUCCACCGCCUCUGGAGCGCCAUGCAGUUUGUAUACUGCAUCCCUGUGGGAGCCCACGAGUUCACUGUGGAGCAGUGUUUUGGAGAUGGCCUCCACUGGGCAGGCUGCAUGAUCAUUGCUCUCCUGGGACAGCAGAGACGCUUUGACAUCCUCGACUUCAGCUAUCAUCUCCUCAAGGUUCAGAAACACGAUGGCAAAGAUGAGAUUAUCAAGAGUGUGCCUCUGAAGAAGAUGGUGGACAGAAUCCGCAAAUUCCAGAUCCUCAACGACGAGAUCUUUGCCAUCUUGAACAAGUACCUGAAGUCUGGAGAUGGGGAGAACCUGCCGGUGGAACACGUCCGAUGCUUCCAGCCACCCAUCCACCAGUCCCUCGCCAGCAGCUGAAGCUCCAGCCCGUGGACCAGUGCACAGCACUCUGAGCAUUAGCAGCUAGGAUUUGUUAGGUCAUUGUAAACAAAGGACCGUUAAAUGCAAUAAGUUGGGCCACUUUUUUAUUCACUUGUGCCUUAUGAGAAUAGAUUAUGGAAGAACUUUUAUACGUGGAGAAGCCACUAGAUGAGGGAUAGAGAUGAGCUUUUUAUCAGAUGACUAAAGGUUUGCAGUGGUGACGUAUUCGGGUGGAAGUAAUUUUUGUUCUGUUGCAUACUGAAACGUUUUAAAGUAAACUGAAAAGAAAAUCUCAUACUCAUGUUAAGCAAUUAUUCAGUGCCUUGUUUCAUG